UCGUAUGCCCUAAAACUCCCGAAAGACAGCAAUCCUGACUUAGCAAUCUGUAAUGGUGAUCAAACAUUAGUGCCAUGAAGUCUUGGGGCGAGGCGCAAUGGCGGAGUGUGUCUUCAAACUUCUCGCGCGUGGGUCGACUGAGGCGGGCGCUAGUACUACUAGCGGCGGCCGCCUGCACCGCUGCCGCUGUGCUGUACUGGCGACAGCAGACUGAUGACUCUGCGCAUCGACCACUGCAGUCUAUGUUGACGGGUGUGGAACCACAAUGGUCGUGGAUUUGUCGAAACGAUCGCUGCGAGAGGCUUCUGGCUUCCGAAACGAGUGUUCUGCAGUCCCUUCCGACAUGCAACAUGCUGUGUGCUUCCACACAACUAUGGCCGCAACCCACCGGACCCGUCAGUCUGGCCACUGCUGCUGUCCGCGUCCGGUCCAGCGGUUUCUCUCUCAAAGUACUCGCCUCUCCCUCUCGAGAAGUAACCGAACACCUCAACGAUGCCUUUGACUUGAUGCGCGAUGACUUAAAGACACUCGAAAGAACCGCAGGAAUUGAAAGAAGACGAUCUGACUCAGCCACACGAGACGUACUCGUUCGUGUCACUGUUAACGGCAGCGGUGACCCUCGCAUGAGACUAGACACAGACGAGAGCUACAAACUAGCCCUUCGACCUUCUGGGAAAUCUCUCGUGGUUGACAUAACUGCGCACUCCUUCAGCGGGGCCAGACAUGGUUUCGAAACUUUGUCACAAUUAGUUUGGCUAGAUCCCUACACUAGUUCACUCUUAGCACUGGAAGCGGCUACAGUCGAAGACGCUCCGAAAUUCCGAUAUCGAGGACUUCUUCUCGAUACGGCCCGAAAUUAUUUUCCCGUUAGUGACAUUCUACGCACAAUAGACGCAAUGGGCGCAUGUAAAAUGAACACGUUUCAUUGGCACAUAAGUGACUCUCAAUCGUUUCCUUUAAGAUUGACAAGCGCCCCACAGCUAGCGCAACACGGGGCGUACGGACCCGGAGCUAUUUAUACGACAGACGAUGUUAAAACUAUAGUCAGAAGGGCGAGACUUCGUGGAGUACGUGUGCUUAUUGAAGUAGAUGCUCCGGCUCAUGUUGGCAAGGCUUGGACGUGGGGCCCGCUUGAAGGGCUUGGUCAUUUAGCGCAUUGUGUCGAAGUGGAACCGUGGAGUACGUACUGCGGUGAACCACCUUGCGGUCAACUGAACCCUCGAAACCCGAACGUGUAUAAGCUGCUUGAACGUAUUUAUGCAGAAAUUAUCGAGCUCACCGGAGUCGACGAUAUCUUCCAUCUUGGAGGCGACGAAGUGUCGGAACGCUGCUGGGCGCAACACUUCAACGACACCGACCCUAUGGAGCUAUGGAUUGAUUUUACACGACGCGCUAUGCUUGCCCUAGAACGAGCUAACGGAGGCAAAACUCCCCAAUUAACUUUCCUCUGGUCAUCCCGACUAACACAGUCGCCAUACUUGGAACGACUCGACAAGAAGCAGUAUGGAAUCCAAGUAUGGGGCUCGUCGCGUUGGCCUGAAUCUCGAGCUGUAUUGGACGCGGGCUACCGUACGGUGAUAUCACACGUAGAUGCGUGGUAUCUUGACUGCGGGUUCGGUUCCUGGCGGGAUAGCUCUGACGGCCAUUGUGGACCGUAUCGCUCAUGGCAGCAGAUGUAUGAGCAUAGACCUUGGAUAGAGGAAAUGCCAUCGGUAGCUACGGGAGCAGAGCAGUGGAGGAUAGAGGGGGGCGCUGCUUGUCAGUGGACGGAACAAUUAGCUUCUGGAGGCUUAGACGCCAGGGUUUGGCCUCGAACUGCCGCAUUGGCCGAGAGAUUGUGGUCUGAUCGCGUCGAAGGCGCCACUGCAGAUGUAUAUCUUCGACUCGACACCCAACGUUCUCGAUUAAUAUCCAAGGGCGUUCACGCUGCUCCCCUGUGGCCCCGGUGGUGUUCCCACAACCCUCACGCCUGCCUUUAGCAGUCAACCCUUGAUGUACUUUCAUAAAGUUGGUGAACUGUCACCGUCUUGAGUUGUAUCAGCUGCUUCAGCGGAACUUAAUAUUUGAAAUUUUCAUGUAGCUUUGAAAUUACCAGCAAAUGAAAAAUAUAGGUCUCAUGCUGUUAGUGUUAGAUCGACGAAGUUUUAUGUACAUAAUAUAAUAAUCGUGAAACCUUAUUAGUGUAAUCUACGUUUAUUAAAAAAAAAAACCUGUA